ACGCAUCGCGUCAGCUGUAGCAGAGUGAUUGGUUCAACAGUAAAGUUAUAGCAUCAUGAGCGUCGCCCUCGAGCCUGCGGGGGCUGCCUUUGACUACCUCUUCAAGUUCAUCAUCCUCGGAGAGUCCUCAACGGGCAAAUCGACCCUCCUCCACCAAUUCAUCCAUCACGAGUUCACCCCAAAAUCACACACGGUAGGCGUCGAGUUCACCUCACGCCUUCUCCUUCUCGACCCUUCAUCUCCCAAUCCUGCUCGGAUGCUCGGUGGUGAUGACGUUGAAGGCGGUGGAUGGGGAAGGGAGCAAGAGUCACACCUCCGCGGCAGAGGAGGACCGUCGGCGCCCGGGGGGAGCCGAAAGGCUAGUGCGGUCAAACUUCAGAUAUGGGAUACGGCUGGACAGGAGCGAUUCAGGAGUGUGACUAAGAGCUAUUAUCGAGCGGCGAGUGGGGCUCUUCUUGUAUAUGAUGUCACGAAACGUUCCACCUUUGACAAUCUGGGCAGAUGGCUAGCAGAUGUCCGCUCACUGGCCUCUGAGAACCUGGUCGUGGCCAUUGUGGGCAACAAGACGGACCUCGCGGGCAGCCGCGAUGAUGGCGAGGCUGCCGUCCGUCCGGGUGAGGAGCACGAUCAAGACGCCGCGAACUCAUCGUCAGCAUCGUCCACACCCAAGCGUGAGGUAUCUCGCGAGGAAGCAGCAGCCUGGGCGGCAUCACAAGGAUGUCUCUUUGCGGAGACGUCGAGCUUGACUGGGCACAACGUCGAAGCUCCCUUUGCGCUUUGCGCAAGGGGAGUGCUAGACUUGAUCGAGCAAGGUGUCGUGGCGCCGGAGCAGCAAGGCUCAGGCGUCUCCUACGGUGAUCGCUCCCUCCGACCAGGCACGUCACGCAGCAACUCUCGCAGCGCUGAUAAGAGUCAUCAUCGUCUUUCCUUCGCAGACAUUGUGCAGAGUGGCGGAGGAGUGAGUAGGAGAGCAGCGAGGGGGAACACGGGUGGUGGAUUGAUUCGGCUCAAGGAAGCGAUAGGGUUGGAUAGGGACGGGGGAUGCUGCUGA